AUGACGAGCACCCCCGAGCAGUUUGAAAUUGUACCGCACAUCCAUCUGUCAGCUUCUCUCAAGGAGUCGAGGAGUACUGUGGGCACAACCACCAGACGAGUGUGUUGGCUAGUGCAAAGAGCUACCUGCAUCAGUUUAUAUCGUGCUACAGGUCGUAUUUUUCUCGCUGCGCCAAACAACGGUGUGCUACAGGUGACACCAGAGAUCUCCAACUCCUCUGGCUCAGCACCGACUCCGACGGCAACCGCCUCCACAGCAGACGGCGAUUUUGAGAUGCAGGCCACGCCGCCGCAGCGGGAGCUCCCGAGGCUGCACAGGGCUGCUCGGAACGGAUACUUGAGGGAACUAAACGCCCUCCUCGACGCGGGCGAGGACCCCGAACAGCCUGAUUCCGCCGGCCGAACACCCAUGGUCCACGCCGCCCUGUGCUCCUCCGUCCCGAGCGCGAUGCUACUCCUCCGGCGUGGCGCCCGGCCCGACCCUCUGCCCGGUAGUCCGGGCCAGCCGUUCGUGUCCGCGCUCAUGGUCGCCGUAAGCUCGGGGUACGAAGAGAUCGCCCGGGUGCUGAUAGAGGCCGGCGCGGACGUCAACCUCGAGAUGAAGGGGCCGAAUUUUAGCGGCAGUUCCGUGGGAGAGGGUGAACGGUGUCUCCACCUCGGCACCCACGCCCCGCCCGCGAUAAUUCGCAUGCUCCUGGAAGCCGGCGCCGAUGUCGAGGCCGUCAACCCGAACGGGAGGACCCCCCUGCACCUCGCGGCUGCGGAAGGGAACUGUUCCACCGCCCGGCUUCUCCUCGAGGCGGGCGCGCGGCCGGCGCCGCCGUGCCGAUAUGACGGUUCGACGCCGCUUCACUGCGCCGCCGAGAGAGGACACUACGAGAUUGCCGAGCUUCUCGUGAACGCCGGGGCGCCUGUGGGCUCCGUCAAGCCCAACGGCACCACUCCCCUCCACAUGGCUGCGCAGGGAAAUAACUCCUGCGUGCUCCGGCUCUUGUUGCGCGCGGGGGCCCCGCUGAAUCCCGAGAACCGUCACGGGUCCACCCCGCUCAUGACGGCGGCGGCGCACGGCAACGCGAGGGCCUUGAGCGCGCUGGUUUCGGCGGGCGCGGACACCUCGAAGCGCAACGUGUUGGGCUGGGGGGCGCUGGAGAGUGUCUACCUCGCUCGGACCCCAGGAGACCGGCCUUUCGCUGCCGCUGUUGUUGAUUGUGACGACGAGUGGGAACAACAGUCUAUGAACGAGGAGGAACUGGAGCAGAGGCACUUGCAGAAUAUCGCGUUUUUGCUGUACCGGGCUCCCGGGUCCGGUGCGAGGGCGAGGUCCUGGCGCUGGCCCAGGAGGAGCGGCGGCGGCAUGGGGUUCGCCGCUCUCAAGAAGCAGCAGCAGCAGCAGCAGCAGCAGCAAGAGGAGCAAGAGAAGCAGCAGAAGCAGAAAGUGACGAGGGCACCGGCGUGGACUGAAAACAGUCAUGGUGGUGGUGCUGCUGCUGCUGCGGCAAAGGCGGGAGUGAGAGGCUUGGCGUGCCGGGCGGAAUGGAAGCGUCACGGGAGCGGCGGGCAGAGGUCGAGGACUGUGACGGCGACCAUGUUGAGGCGAGUUUUCCUCCAAAGGCUGAUUUUGCAAAUAGUUGAGUGCUUUUGGAGCGGCUGUUUCGACUCGUCCGAAAAAGUUGGCUGGCGGCGGCGGGCGGAGGUGUUUGUUUGUGGGGGAGGGGGCAACAACAACCUAGUGGUGUGGCAGUAAUGGGUGCUCUCUUCGUGCACACCACGCCAUCCUUCUUUCGAGAGGGGAGCCCGGUCGGUGACGUGAAAAAUGUUGGGGGGGUAUUGUCUGGCUGUUCGCGGCGCCGCAGGUUGAAAGGGGUGUCUAGCCUAUGCGGUGUCGCUGCCUCGCGUGGGUCGAGAAGGGGAGGAAACUGGCCUCGCUCUUUCGAAGUAGCAAGCCCUGCUCCCCACGCGCACCAAUGUUAUCAUGGGUGUGUUUUCACGGCCCGCGGCUGCCGUCCAUGCUCUCUACAUUGGCCGCCCAAGAGGUGGAGAGUAAGCGCCAACCUGGCAUCGGUUCGGGUUAGGCAAAAGCACUCUGCACUGGGCAACCUCUCUUGUUGUCUUGGCAGUGGCAAAGGCGAAACGAGCUAAGGGAGCGUACCCUUUUCCGACCACGGCCCUGGGGUGUUAACCGUUGGCUCUCGUAGAGAGCGGCUUGGAAACGGGUGUAGGCACGAAAGAUUUCUUGUAUUGCGGCACGAUGCUGGUGUUGCCGCCGGUGUCCGUUGAUUCGGGCUUGCGUACACGUCGCGCAUUUAAGUUUUUUAAGGCCAGAGGGCAAGGUCGCGUGCAUCGUGGUGCGUGUGCCUUUGUAUAUUGCACAGCUGUGUCAUAUGGCAAACUUGCUUUCCAAAGUGCCGAUCUAUCUUGCUAGAAUGAAUGUUUUUGUGAAGCGUAUUUUUUGCUGUAACAUGACAGUGUAGGCUUGUCUUCGGGUUUGCUUCGAGGACGUUUGACCCGCCAAUGGUCAAGUCACACACCGCGAGAACUUUCGUCCAGGAACAGUUUUGUAACGAUGGUAGCUUUACGAAUCUUUGAUGCAUCACGGAAACAGAUUACUCUGCCUCGGCUUUUGGCAAAUACCCGUUAGGCCUGAGAAAACAUUUCUUUCACAAGAGUCUCAAAAGGCCCAAGCUUUGGUGUAUUGCAAAGGCUCUUGUACAUUGGGUGUAACAUAUUCUGGCGGCAGUGUCUCUGCAGGCGCACACCCCGCGUGUGGAGGAAUUGUUAUGUGCAUCGCGUGCGUAGAAUGGAGAUGGGUAGACAACCGCAAAAGGACGGUUUCCAGCCAGAAUGACUGCGCACACAAGACAGGUACUGCGCAAGAAAAGCGCUUCGUGGUGCCAGCAAACAGUUUGUGUGUAAUUGUUUUUGUAGACCCAGGCAAACAACAUUUUGAAUGUGUUGGCCCGUCUGCGGAAGGUAUCAGUGGGGAGGUCUGCAGGGUGGG